GCAACACAGACAAUCAACGGCAAGCGAAAUACAGAUUCUUUCGAACCAGUAGAGAGGUGAUUUUAUGAUUUUAUUAAAUAAUAGUUGAUAAAAUAAGGAUUAAAGAUGGAUCCAGCAAUUCCUAGGGUAAAAAACAAGAAUCCUGCUCCUAUUCAAAUUUCGGCGGAGCAGUUGUUACGAGAAGCCGUAGAAAGACAGGAUGUUGCCUUUGUACCUCCAAAGGUUAGUAUUGCAGACUUAGAAGAGCUUCACGAAUUUCAGGGCCGAAAGCGGAAAGGAUUCGAAGAUGCAAUCCGACGUAACAGACUAGCGAUGGGCCAUUGGAUGCGUUAUGGGCAAUGGGAACUUGAACAAAAAGAAUUUGCGCGGGCGCGUUCUGUCUUUGAGAGAGCUCUUGAUGUCGAUCCGAAGUACAUCCCCAUAUGGCUCAAAUACAUUGAAUGUGAAAUGAAAAAUCGCAAUAUAAACCAUGCCAGAAACUUAUUCGAUAGAGCUAUUACAUUCCUUCCUCGAGUCGACAAGUUGUGGUAUAAGUAUGUAUAUAUGGAGGAAAUGCUUGGAAACAUCACUGGCUGCCGUCAAGUUUUUGAGCGUUGGCUUAAAUGGGAACCAGAUGAGGUUGCUUGGAUGAGCUAUAUUCGAUUGGAGCGACGAUACCAUGAGAACGAACGUGCACGAGGUAUUUUUGAACGCUUUGUUGUUGUCCAUCCCGACGUAGUCAACUGGUUACGCUGGGCUCGAUUCGAAGAAGAAUGCGGAAAUGCCGCAAAUGUUCGGUCUGUUUAUAUGGCAGCCAUGGAUGCUUUAGGGCAUGAGUUUUUAACGGAGAAGUUUUUUAUUGCAUUUGCCAAGUUUGAAAUCCGACAAAAAGAGUAUGAGCGGGCUCGUACUAUCUUUAAGUACGCCAUUGAUUUCAUGCCGAGGUCAAAAUCUACAGAACUAUAUAAGGAAUAUACCCACUUUGAAAAGCAAUAUGGGGAACAGUCGGGAAUUGAAUCUAUUGUUUUUGAUAAACGACGUCUUGCUUACGAAAACGAGCUUAAGGAUAAUCCGUAUGAUUAUGAUGUUUGGCUUGAUUUAAUCAAACUAGAAGAACAGACGGGAAAUCUUGAUAGAAUACGUGAAAUGUAUGAGCAGGGGAUUGCGAAAGUUCCUGAAGUCAAAGAAAAAAGGGCAUGGUGUAGAUACAUAUAUAUAUGGCUAAACUACGUUUUGUUUGAGGAAAUAGAUGCUAAUGAUGUGGAGAGAGCUCGAAAUGUUUACUUGCAGUGUUUGAAAAUAAUACCUCAUAAAGAUUUUACAUUCGCGAAAGUUUGGAUUAUGUAUGCAAUGUUUGAGUUACGGCAACAAAACAUCGAUGCAGCUAGGAAGACAUUAGGAAGAGCGCUAGGUAUGUGUCCAAAGCCCAAGCUCUUUCGCGGAUACAUUGAAUAUGAGGACAGUAUUAAACAAUUUGAUCGCUGUCGUAUUUUAUACGAAAAAUGGAUUUUGUAUGAUCCAGAAGCAUGUGCACCUUGGCUCGGUUAUGCUAAUUUAGAAAACAAGCUUGGGGAUACGGAUCGUGCACGUGCCUUGUUUGAAUUGGCUAUAACCCAACCUGUUUUGGAGACGCCCGAAUUGGUUUGGAAGGCUUAUAUUGAUUUUGAAUUCGAAGAAAUGGAAUAUGGAAGAGCAAGGUCGCUAUAUCAGCGAUUAUUGCAAGCUGCUCCUCAUGUCAAAGUAUGGAUUAGUUUUGCCAACUUUGAAAUUGCACAUUUGGAGGACGGUGAUGAAGAUCCACCCAAUGAUGAUACAGCAUCACCUACUGCAGUUGUUCGUGCUCGCAAGGUGUUUGAAGCUGCUAUGACAAAUCUUCGUCAACAAGGGUUAAAAGAAGAGCGUAUUGGUUUAUUAGAGGCUUGGAAGCAAUUUGAAAGCAUGCAUGGAACAGAAGAAAGUCGCAAAUAUGUCGACAGUCAAACCCCACAGGUGGUUAAGAAGCGUCGAAGAUUGGAAAAUGGGCUCUUUGAAGAAUAUCUGGACUACGUAUUUCCUGAUACAGCUGUCGACCAAGGCGACAAGAUGCGAAAAUUAUUGGAAAAGUCAAGGCAGUGGAAGGAAGAAAUGGCAAAAAAACAAGGUACCGUUAAUUAAUAAUAACUCUUCCUUUGCCAAUGAAUCAUGUGUAUAUGUAUUGCUAUGGAGAUGAGUAAAAAAAAAUAGAACAGCCCAGGAUGUGGAUAAUUUUUUGUUUCAAAAUACAAUUGAAUGAAGUAGAAUUUUCAAAAACUUGUGUUCAUUGUUCAAGCCUAAGGGAAAGAAAGGAAAGGAGAUAGCAAUCUUCCAACUUUCACUUACUCACAAUACAGUACUCAUCCAUGGGUUACAGUCAAACAAGUUUAAGCAUCCGAUAUGGUUUACUUGGGUUACUUUUUCGUUUUCUUUCGUUUUGUACUGGUUUGCGUUCUCUUGAUUUCUGUAAUUCUUGUCUGCAUCUAAUUGUGUAUUUUAUGAUCGGUUCUUACCAUAAACUGUAAGUUCUGUUAAAAGAUAACUAUCAUAGUAAUUAUUAAAAGAAAAUUACUUAUAUUCAUAUACUCCAAAAUGGUAAACAAUUUCUU